AGAGUGCAGAUUGACAGACAAACAAAAUUCGUGUUGACUCUGUUGACAUAUUGAAACGAAAGUGGGAUCUUGAAAUGAAAGUUGAGGUAGAGAAUGGCUGGUGAAGUGUCUUGGAAUAAUUUACCUAGUGUUAUUUUAAACGAAAUAUUCUCAUAUCUUUCGCACAAUGACAAAGUGCGUGCCUCUUCAACCUGUUCAAACUGGCGUCUUGCAUUAAGUCACCCAAAAUGCUGGAGAAACGUAAAGUUUGUCGUCAAACCUCAGGACAAUUUUGCAAAUUCAAUAGCUAGAACUAGAUACUUGGUGGAAUUUGCUGCUAGAAAGCUUCACAAUGCUGUUAUCACAUUUGAUUCCAUGGAUCCAGCAUGUGUCGAUGAAAUCUCUAAUGUUAUUGAGAGUUUGGCCGAAAACGCCAAUUUGAAAAGCUUGUUCCUCAAUCCCAGCAAUUGCAGUUUGGACUGUCCAAGUGGCCAAGGUGAUGAUUGGUCAAAGUACAUUGAAAGCAAGUUUGCAACACCUCUAAUAAACGCAAUAAGGAAAAGUCAUCAGAUGGAAGCUCUCAGUCUUGGAUGUUUAGAGGAACUGAUAUCAUCACACGCCAAAAAUAUUUUAGAGUUAAUUGUCAAUAAACAUGCUAAUAAUAUAAAAGUCCUUGGAUUGGCUACCAUCAAAGACUAUCCAGAUGACUACUUCAUAACAGAUUUGAACAUACGCUUGUUGAAGCCUCUUGUAAAUCUUCAGAUCCUUAGCAUCGACUACUGCCAUGUUAAUGACAAUCUACUGCACAUCCUCGGUGACACUCAGCUGCGAAGGCUCGUGGUUCACGUUCACGGCAUCAUGGACGAACAUCCAGGCACAACGGAAGGGGCCUGGACCUACCUCACACGAAAGCUCCCCCACUGUGAGCUUCGACUCACGCUGAUUCACUCCUAUGAUGGAGUCGACGUUUUACACACCAAGAUCCUUCGCCACGCCAUGCCUCUUACGCACCUCAAGGUCUUCUUUUGCGAAAAGCUCAACAUAGAAGCAGUUCACCAGCUGAGUCUGUACAGUGACACUCUUCGCAGUAUCUGGUGGGUAGACUCGAUGUCUAACACUGGCAACCACUCCCUAGUAGAAUCUACCUUAGUCAACCCUUUCGUCAUGUGUUGCUGGCGAUGUCAUAAGCUGGAAGAGCUGGUUUUCAUAGGCCAUAAGUACCUGUCGCUGGACGUGAUCGCAGUGAUACGUCUACGUGGCGAGACGCUCACACACCUGUGUUUAGCUGCCGAUGACAUCGCCUUCUAUGCCGAUCCCCCCGACCCUUCUGUGGAGCCCACACUCAAAGAACUGCAGCAGGAGAUCAGUGAUCAUAUAGGCCGGCCUUGGACUGCACUGGUUGAGCCUCAGCUUCAUCCAGUCAUAUGGAAUCCUACUGCAGGUGACUCUGACGAAUUCGUCCUUCCAAUCGUGCUCAAAGAUAUCGAGCCGUAGCCGACACACGACUGAGUGUUUUAUAUCCCUGUCUACAUUCCGCAGGAUGCCAACUAUCGACUCACCGAACACCAUCGUGAUACAAUUUUGUGAGUCUUCUUCAAAUAUUUGGCUUAUUUGAUUCUACAUUAUUUUGUACGAGUACAGUGGUACUACUUUCGACCAUCCUAUGUGAAAUCAGUUUUUGUAAACUGAUGUGUAGAGUUAAGGCAUAAACUAUGUUAGGCACAAUUAUUUUAGAAUCACUCUUAUUGUUUUGUAUGAUUUUGAUAUUUGUGUUUCACUACACGUUUAUUCUAUAUGUAUUUAAAGAAAACUGUUAAUAAUUUUUGUAGGCAGUUUAGGUUUUUAGUUUAGCUCAUGUUCAGCAGACCUCUUUCAAAACACUAUAUAGUUGUUAGCCUACUAAACAAUUGUCAGAAAAUGUUUAUUUUGUCAAGAUGUUAUUUAAUUUAUUAGAUACACAUGUAAGAAUUAAUUGCAUAUAUCCCUCUGUUCACAUUUGCCUAGCACAAUGAUCAAAAGAAUCAAUCGCAAGGUUUAAUAUCUAUGUUAUUUGUGAGAGUGUAACAGCUUGCAGGAUGAAGGGAAAAGGCUCAAAUUAAAGGUCUUGGUCCCAGGGAGCCGGGGAAAAUAGCAGAUUAAAUCUACAAGAAAUUGAAAAAUGACAAAACAUAUCUUCCAUUUAAAAUGCAUUGGGAUUGAAAAAACGUCUGCUUUGUUUAUAUUAAUCAUGUGAUUACAUUUUUUAUCGUUUUCAUUCUACUUACUUUUUAUUCUUUUCAUAGAGUGUGUGAAGUUUGUUUACUAAUCAACAAAUAAUUCAGAUGAAUUCUGCUUUCGCAAGUGAUCUACAAAUUAUUAACUUACAAUUUUCAGAACUGCUGUGUGAAAGAUCAUUUGAUUCUUAGUUUGUUUAAAUAUCACAAUAGUUUUGUUUUACAUUUGAGCUUUUUUGGGACUUAUGUCCGAACAUUAUAAACUGUUCUGCAAAGUGAAUAGAGAUUUUCAUAAAACCAUCAAGUGAUCAAUGCUUUGGCUUGUUUAUUCCUAAAAACGUUCAAUAUAAUCUCAGGAACUAUGUGCUAAUAUACUGAUACAAACCAAUCUUGUAUGUAUAAUCAGAAUAUAAAUACUUCAUCUGUUAAGCAAUUAUAGUAUAGUAUGUAGAUUGUUAUAUUGAAUGUUCAAUCCUUUGAUUGUCCUCUAUCGCCUGGCAAUUCACUAAUACAACUACCACAUUAGUAGAAGCAGAUAGCAUGUAAUAUGUUAAUAUUUUUAUAUAAAGAAAUAAUUUGGCCUUAAAUGUUAGUAUAUUGGAAAUGAAUAAUAAUUACAUUCCGAUGCGAUUAAAUUAGAAAUAUUCAACAAGUUUUGACAAUUUGAAAUCAAUCAAACUAUAAUAGAGAAAAAGACAUAAUCAAACAAUGGAGUAAUUAGCCGUUGAUAACGUGAAAGGCAAAACAAGUUUACGUUUAAUCCAUCUUUAGUAUGAAUCAUAUAAAUAUGUUAUUACCUAUGUAGGCCUACUAUUAAUUGACUUUAAACAACACCUUGAGAUCAUUAAGUGUCAGAUUGGAUGAUGCUUCAUUGGCUCCGGUCAGUACAGAGUCUGAGAUUGACAGCUUCUUGUUUUGCAAACCCAACACAUUUUCUUCAACCGUAUCACUUGCGACAAACUUGUAAAUCUGAACAUCUUUCUCUUGGCCAACUCUGUAGAUACGAUCAAACUCUUGACUCUCAAGCUGAGGUUUCCAAUGGAUGUAUAGAAGCAACAGAUUUGCUCCAAUCAGCAUCAAACCAACUCCUCCAGACGUGAGUGACAAUAGAAGAACUCUUGGUUCUGAUCCUUUAUGUUAAACUUUUUUA